GCCCGUUCCUAGCCCUAGCUACCAAUAAAGUUUGUUUAAAAAAAACCAUAAUCGUUCUUAAAAGAGCAAGAGAGGGCACAAGCCAGCCGCACGGCCCCGCCGGGGGGACUGGCGCGCUGGGAGGAGGUGGCGGCGGCAGUGGUUGCGCCGCGACCAGGAGGAGCCGGUCGCGCCGGGCGGCGGGUCCGCAGCUGGCGGGGAACGAUUUGAGAGAGAAGAUCUAAUCAUCUGGAAUUAGAGCUGGUACAGAAACUCCUUUUCAACUCUAAAAAUGUUGGAGGAAGAUAUGGAAGUGGCCAUCAAGAUGGUGGUUGUAGGGAAUGGAGCAGUUGGAAAAUCAAGUAUGAUACAACGAUACUGCAAAGGCAUUUUUACAAAAGACUACAAGAAAACCAUUGGAGUUGAUUUUUUGGAGCGACAAAUCCAAGUUAAUGACGAAGAUGUCAGGCUAAUGUUAUGGGAUACAGCAGGUCAAGAGGAAUUUGAUGCAAUAACAAAGGCCUACUAUCGAGGAGCCCAGGCUUGUGUGCUUGUAUUUUCUACCACAGACAGGGAAUCUUUUGAAGCAAUUCCCAGUUGGAGAGAAAAAGUAGUAGCUGAAGUAGGAGAUAUACCAACUGUACUUGUACAAAACAAGAUUGAUCUCUUGGAUGAUUCUUGUAUAAAGAAUGAGGAAGCUGAGGCACUGGCAAAAAGGUUAAAGUUAAGAUUCUACAGAACAUCAGUGAAAGAGGAUCUAAAUGUAAAUGAAGUUUUUAAAUAUUUGGCUGAAAAAUAUCUUCAGAAACUCAAACAACAAAUUGUUAAAGAUCCAGAACUAAGGCAUUCAAGUAGUAACAAAAUUGGUGUCUUUAACACAUCUGGUGGAAGUCACUCAGGUCAGAAUUCAAGUACCCUUAAUGGUGGAGAUGUCAUCAAUCUUAGACCGAACAAACAGAGGACCAAGAAAAACAGAAAUCCUUUUAGCAGCUGUAGCAUACCCUAAAACAUUUUUAGGGGGAAAGAUUGAAUUAUAUUGUGCAAUUCAGUGGGAAGUACAUCCAGCUGUCAUGGUACGUUGCAAGUAUUUUAGCAGACUUUUCACCCAGUGGCUCUCUGAAAGUUGAUAGACUUAAUUAAAUAUUGCCCUUGCAGUGCUUUUCAGAAUGUAGAGUGAGACCUCUGGUGGAAAAAUUACUGCCCUGUGGACUCAUUUUAAGUUUUUUCAUUAGACGAAGCUUUUCCUGUUUUUGAGGAAUGCUAUAAGAGGUCAAAAACAGGUUUUGCUGAAUUUUGUAAUGCUGGAAAACAUAAAUAUAUUGGUACAAAUCUUAAUUUUAUGAAAUCAAGGAAAGAUAACAAGGAUUCUUUUUCUGAAAUUGAUCAUCUAGCUUUUCUGGAAAACAGUACUGAAUCUGAAUACUUACUAAAAAAAAAUAUUGAAAAGUAAAUCCUAAAUCUCGCCAGACUCCAUUAGUGUGUAUUUUGGCGAUGUUACCUGUGCAAUAUCUGUAUAGUGAACGUAGAGUGUGGGAGUGUGCAUGCAGGUUUCUGGCACUGAAGCAGACUGGAGGUACGUGCAGUAAGGAAACUUAGAUUCCAGUGAAUCCAUUUGUAAAACUACACGUUGUGUGUUAAAAGUCUUUAUUUUCAAAUGAGAAAUUCCAGACAUAUAUUUUGCAAAAUGAGCUUGGAUUUAAAAAGUACUUUGUGCCAAAAAUAUCAUACUUAAAUUUUACAGUGCUUUACCAUCGUAAUUUAUAUUGUUUAUAAUACCUUUGAAAAGCAGUUUUCCUCUCUGACAGGGUAAAGGGGAAUAUAAACUUUUUCAUGCUAGAGCAUCUCCCAGGUGAGAUUUUUGCAGACCCUAAGCUAGCUUUUUCACAUGUCCACCCAUAAGGUGGUGGCUUCGUGCUGUCGCAGGUCUCACCAAGUCCCUAGGAAGAUGCACAACACCUCUGCGGUUACUCACCAGUCCUGGGAAGUGCAGUGGUGCAUCUCACACCUUUUGCUGCUGAGAACCCAGUUUCGAACUUUAAAAAUUAACACUAACGAUUUUUAAAAAUACACAAGAGAUGGUCUUUUGUCCUAAUCCAAACUAUGAAUUUUAUAAUGCCCUGCAACUCUAAAGCAUCCCUUUGUUUACACAUUUUUAAAUGGUAUUUUCAGAAUAUCCCUUAAAAAUUUCUAUAACUUUAGGUUUGUAUAGCACUUUCUCAAGAGCUCUGUCAACACGAAAUACAAAAUAAUUUCUUCUAAGAAAUGAUUUUAAUAUGUAAUCAUGUAUCAGAGUAUAAAUUAUGUGACUUGGGACAGUAGCUUUCCAACUGAGAUAGUUGCAUGAAUUCUGUUAAGACUGUCAUUCAUCAGUGGCUUUAUUUUUAAACUAGAAACAGUCCUUUUCGGUAUAGCUGGUUUUUGCAAUACAGAAAAAUAACUUUUCUUGGAAAAUACAUGUCAUGAAAUAACUUUUCAUUAUUUGUACUAAAUAUAUGUUUUAUGUAUUCUACUUGUGUGUUUUAUCUUGUUUUUAAGUCUUCCAUCCACACCACCCUCAUCCCCCUGCCCAGGUUAACGCCGAGAACAUGAUAGAAUUUUGGGGGCAUCCUUGUUAAGUGGUCAGGAGUGAAUGUGUGCUUUUCAUAAUAAUUGAAAUAAUUUGGCAUUAUCUAUUUCAAAGUAAUAUAAAGUGUUUAUUUUUGUGUCACCAGUUGUCACCAUUCCCAUUGCUGGCAGUGGGCUAGGUUUUGGAAAAACUCCGUUCCUAACAAUGGGUACCUGCUAGUGAUUCAUCUUUCCUCUUCUACUCUUUUGAAAGUCUUUUUAAUUUUUGCACAGAAUACAUUUUGUGGCAAAUAGUCUUAUGGUCUUUAUUAGUAGCAAAAUCACUCAUAUAAUAUUUUGUAGUUCUGUAUCAUAUAGCAGUUUAAUGUGCAUGGGUAAAAGUUUGUUACUUUUCUACAUAAAAGUGUAGUCUCUGAUGAUGGUUGCAGUUCUCCUAAUGUUUGUAACAUGAUUUUAUGUACUUUGUCCUUUUUUUCUUUGUAUGAGAACUGAAGAGACCUUUGUUACACAUUGGAGUUUUUCAUUUGCACUGUUGUAAACCUACCCAUAAUUAUAAUUAGUCAUGUUAAAUAAUUAAGUAGGCCAGAAAAUUGGCCCUAAGUGAUAUUGUUAAAUUUAAUUUAUUCUGAAACCCUCAAAAUUGACAUUAAUUUUUUUUCUGAGACCCUUAGUUCUUUUAAAUAACUUUAUGAUUAAUUCCUAAUGAAAUAUGGAUACUAAAGAAAAAGCCUGUCUGAGAUUCCAGAUUAUUGUUCAUUUGUGCUCUAAUCUGCUUUUUAAAAUUAUGGCUAAUUUAUAGCAUACAGAUACAUAGCUGUGGAGUAGCUGCCAUAUAUAAGUUCCUCAGGUUUCCUUUUCCUUGUUCAGUCUCUGCCUGUCAGAUUAAAUAGCAUACAGAAUAGCCCAGAUAUGGCAAUGUUGUUAAAUAACAUCAGGUUAAAUGGUUUCCUUUUUAUCUGCCCAAAGUCAAUAGCACACAUAUACUUUUUCAAAAUAAAGUAAAACUAAUACUGUGCUACCAAAAAAGGGGGUGAACAGCAUCCCACACUGUGGAAUGAAGUUGGAAGGUUGUUUCAGACGUUGGCAGUGCAGUGCUUAGAAAGAACUCUCACUGAAGUGGACUCAUGUGCCUGUGACUUUUUAGGGACUGGGAUCUUUUCUGAAGAUCUUAGAAUGGUGAAUUGGCCUUAGGACUUAAUGUCCCAGCUUUAAGUGUACUACUUCAAAGCCAGAUAUUGUUAACUGUUAGCAUCCUUUUCAAAAUCUUUGAAAUCAUUACUGGUAACCUGCGGAAAUGCUGCCAUUAAUAUGUUAUUAGGAUAUCUGUUUCUCUGAAACCAGCAUGAACUGACAGGGUAAAAAUGUUCUGUGGCUUGUCACACACUGCACACUCAUCUAAUGACCAGGUAGAUUUAGUCAUCUUCACCUGUUACGAAUAUCGUAUGUACUAUUAUCACUCUAGGUUUUCACCUCUAAAACAUGUAAGCCUGUCUGUCAUACCAGUGAAUUUAUUUGCUAACAGAAGAUACUCAAAACCACAGUGGACUCUGGUCUAGUCACCAAACUCUCGGGUAACUGGCUGCUUUGGCUCUAACCUUUAUUAGGUAGUGCUCCUUUUCUUCUCUCUGUUGAAAUAUCUAUAGUAGGAUGUUGGAAAACGGUCUUUUAAAAAUAAAAAUGUUGGAUUAAAAGGAAAACUGAACCCCUUCUAUAUUUUUGUUACUAUUAAAAUAAUGUUUUUGUAAAUUUGAAUGGAAAACCACUUGUAUAUAUUAUUAGGUUGCAAUUAUGCCCUCAAAUUUAAAGUA